AUAUCAACGUCCCUCGACAGUAGGCGCAGUGUGCUUUAGGCCGUGGCCGAACUUCUCUUCCUUUAGCCGGUGAACGCUAACGUGCGCAAGGGCGUUUCCUCCCUUUUCUCACUCUCUCUCUCUAGAAGAUUCCAUUCACGCGACCUCAGACACUCACACACAGCUCCAACGUUCAGGUCCGAUCCUUCCUUUUGCCCCCUCAAAAAACCCUAAUUUUCUAACAUUUCUUACUAUUUCAUCUCAAUUUUGGGCUGUUCGUAGUUGUUAACAAUUCAUAGGCUCUAAUUUUGAAUGUACUUUUAGUUAACUGAAAAACUGAAAUAGUAUUAUUAAUUGUUUGCAUUGGCUCUAAUUUUCUGGAAAAGGAAGAAGAUUUGUGUUUUUUUUGGAUAUGAAUGUUGUUGUGUUUAUGAACUCUGGAUUUGUUUUGCUGAUUCAGUACCCUGGAAUGGUUGUAUAUUGAAUGUGUUGAUGGAAUUUUGGCUAGGGUUUACAUGUGGAGGAGGGGAGUGUAUUGAUUGAUGCCCUAGAGGCAUGGGGGAGGAAGAGAAUAUCAAAUUAGGGUUGGAGAUAGCACCUAAGAAGCGUGUCGAGAUGGAGUUUGAUUCAGGAGAUGAUGAGCCUAUUGGGUCUUUACUGAAGCUAAAAAGCAAAAAGAACUUGAAAAAAGUCAAGGUGGAACUAGGUAGUAACAAGGCUGUGGUUCGAAAAGCAGCGGUUAAGGAUGAAGAUUUGGUUGGCAUGGAUGAUACCUUAGCUAGUUUUAGGAAAAAGUUGAAGGGUCCUAAGAAGGAUAGUGGAUCUGUAUCAACUAUUGGGAAAAGUUCAAGUAAUUUGACAGUGCAAUCUCUAGAUGGGUCUGUGAACGUAAUGGCCAAGAUUGUGGAAAAGGAUCGGUCAGAUGUGGAUUGUCUAUCUGAAGGGACAAUCAAUAAAGGUUUUGAGAAAGGAAAUAAGAGAAAGAGUAAGAGGCCAAAGCUUGCUUUGGAGCCACAGAAAGUGGAGGUAUCUGGGGAUAUCUCCUUGCUAUGUGAUAAAAAGAGUGGAAAAAGCUCUCCUAAUUGCAUUGAUGGUGGCAUUCUAGAAGAUUCACUAUCAGCUUUUCUGAAGAAAACACAAUCUGGUUUGAUUAAGAGAUCCCACAGUCCUUUGCAGUUGAAAAGAGGGAAGGAAAGUGAAGCUUUAUGUGAUGUUUUGAACUCGAGCCCUAUUGCAACAGAAACCGUUUCUUCCGUAAGUAUGUGCCGGAAAUUGGUUGAAGAAAUUCCUGAAUCCAAUGAGAGUGUGCGCGUGGCACUUGAUAGCGUUUCAGUAGAUAUGCAGUCAAAAUCAGGUGAGUUAAUGCCCAUAAAGGAAGAAUGUGUCCAACACCUUUCAUGGCCAGAGCUUUCUUCUUCUGCAUUGAACAAUGAUGAGUUGUUGAAAUCAAGCAAUGAGAUAGAUGAUGCAUCUUCCAUUAAGGUCUCAGGUGUCCUAGAUGGUGAGAUCAAAUGUCACAUUAAACUUAGUGAAGAGGAAAUUGCCAGUGUGAAUGAUAUUGCGGGUGGAAAUUGUAAGGAUCUUCAUGAUGAGGGUCUCUUGAAGAACUGGCCUAAUUGUCAUGAAAAGUCUGCUUCCAAGGACGGUUUUAGUGAUCAUUCAAUAACAGCAGGUCGUGAUAUUUCGUCUGUACAUACCAGUACUCCUGAGAAUAUCGAGAAGCUUGAGUUUGAGCAUCCUGUGUCAGAAACCAAGUUCAAUGCUGAUAUGGAUGUGAACUCAAAUGCAAUUUUAAGCAGCCAGGAAACUCAUGUAGAUGAUCAAAUUUGCUCUUCAAGCCAAGCAGAUGAUUCAGGUUCUUGUAGAAGCGUUCAGUUAUUGAACAAACUUGAUAAACCACUAGGAAGCAUUGGAAAUGUGUGUAUUCAAACUUUGAUGCCAUCCACCUGCCUUUUAGAAGGCCCACCUGCAGCCAAGGAGGAGACAGGCGCGGAAGGUUGUGGGUAUGCUCAAGUUUGUUUGACGCCUGAUUUUGUUGCAGCAGAUAAGCGUUCAAAUGACAUUUAUGAUGAGCAGCGAAUUUCUGGUGAUUCUGUUGAUGACCAAGCUUGUGCUCCAGUUUCCUUGUCAAAGGAGGAUGGUCAAGUGUUUGAGGGUGGGUUAUCUCCAGUGGCUAUAGAAAGGAAUCAGCAAGUUAAAGUUGCCAGCCAGAUGAAGCACGAGGACCAAAGCAUGGAGAAUGGUGAUGACAUCUAUGGUUCUUCUAAACAAAUGACUAUUGAUAAUUCUGCCACCUCAUUGCGCAAGUGCGCUUCAGCUUUCCAUCCGAGUCAACUGGCUGAUGAGAAUUGUGAAGGUGCCAAUCAUCAAAGUCGUGAAUUUGUUACUGGAGAUGAUGAGGCUGAUGCCACAUCUUCUCCAUCAAUUACACCAGAAUGUGAUGAAAACAUUGCUGAAGAAACUGAGUCUCAACUGGCUACCGAGGGAAAAGGGCAGAGACUCUUUUCUGGUCAACGUGCUCCACGUAAGAUCAAAAAGCGUAGGCACGGGGACAUGGCCUAUGAGGGUGAUGUUGAUUGGGAAAUUCUGGUGCAUGGGCAAGAUUUUCUUCUCAGUCAUCAGGAUGGAGAUGGUAGACAUUCCUUCAGAACAAGAGAGAAGCUCGAGUCUAUGUUGAUAGGUAUGGAUACUAAAAAUGGCGGGGCAGCAGCAGUAUCUGUUGGGCUGAAAGCUCGUGAAGUUGGGCCAGUAGAAAGAAUCAAGUUUAAGGAGGUGCUGAAGCGCAAAGGUGGACUCCUGGAAUAUCUAGAAUGCAGGAAUGAGAUUUUGAGCCUUUGGAAUAAAGACAUCAGUCGUGUCUUACCUCUUUCAGAAUGUGGAGUGUCUGAAACCCCUUUGGCGGAUGAAUCACCUCGGGCUUCUUUAAUUAGGCAAAUCUAUUCAUUUCUUGAUCACUGUGGCUACAUAAAUUUUGGAAUUGCUUCAGAAAAGGAUAAAGCUGAAAAUGGUGUCGACCACAACUUGAAAAUUUUGAAAGAAGAAAAAUUUGUAGAAAACACUGGAGCUCCUGUUACUGAUACGGAUGAUGGAGUUUCUUUUAUUCUUGGGAGGUCAAAGAGUUCUGAGAUUGUCAUGCCAGAGAAGAAUGAUGUUUCAUCUGAUGAAGGGAAAAAGAUAGAAAACAGUGGAACUGAUUGCCAGCUCAUUGAUAGGCCGGCCAUAGAGUUAUCUACUCUAUCGGAGCAACGAGAAUGUCCUGCUGAUGAUUUGCGGGUAAAUGGUUAUCUUGAUAUACAGUCACCCUGUCAACCAUUUGAUUUAGGUUCAGUUGGUCCAGUGCCUUCAGGUGAAGUUAAGGAUAGUGAAUUACAGAAUAUUGUACAUCCAGAUUUUUUGCCUCCUAACAAUACAGAGAUUGAUGGUAGAACAGCCGAUAAACAUCUUGUGAUUUCAGAAGAUACUUGUGGGUUCCCACCUGACUCAUUCGGGAGUCAGAGGCAAAACACAUGUUGUGAUGAAAAAGGGAAAAAAAGAAUAAUUGUUGUUGGUGCUGGUCCUGCUGGCCUAACCGCAGCACGGCACCUGAAACGCCAAGGAUUCCAUGUUACCGUGCUCGAGGCCAGAAGUAGAAUAGGUGGUCGUGUUUUUACAGAUCGCUCAUCUCUCUCUGUCCCAGUUGACCUUGGUGCUAGCAUUAUUACCGGUAUUGAGGCAGAUGUGGCGACUGAAAGAAGACCGGAUCCUUCUUCAUUGAUUUGUGCACAGUUGGGUCUUGAAUUGACUGUGUUGAACAGUGAUUGUCCACUGUACGAUGUAGCUACUGGCCAGAAAGUACCAGCAGAUCUAGAUGAAGCAUUGGAAGCAGAAUUCAAUAGCUUAUUGGAUGAUAUGGUACUGUUGGUUGCUCAAAAAGGGGAGCAUGCGAUGCGGAUGUCUUUGGAGGAUGGUUUAGAAUAUGCACUUAAGAGACGUCGCAAGGCUCGUUUUGCAAGAAAUCAUAUGGGUAAUGAACCACAAAAAUCAUCAGUAACAGCAGUGGAAUCCAUGACACUUCCUGAUGGGGGAACUUCUCAAAAUCUUAGUUCUAAGAUAGAGAUCUUGAGCCCUCUUGAGAGGAGGGUAAUGGAUUGGCAUUUUGCCAACUUGGAGUAUGGUUGUGCUGCAUUACUUAAAGAAGUCUCUCUUCCUUAUUGGAAUCAGGAUGAUGCAUAUGGAGGUUUUGGUGGAGCUCAUUGUAUGAUUAAAGGCGGCUACAGCUCCGUUGUUGAAUCUCUGCGUGAGGGACUUUGCGUUCACUUAAACCACAUUGUUACUGAUAUUUCAUAUUGCAAAGAAGACAUUCCGACAAAAAAUGACUUAUUUAACAAGGUAAAAGUUUCUACGUCAAAUGGACGAGAGUUUUCAGGAGAUGCAGUCCUUAUUACAGUUCCAUUAGGGUGUCUUAAGGCAGAAACCAUUAAAUUUUCACCACCUUUACCCUACUGGAAAGAUUUGUCUAUCCAACGGCUCGGCUUUGGUGUUCUUAAUAAAGUUGUGUUGGAGUUUCCUGAAGUAUUUUGGGACGAUUCUAUUGAUUACUUUGGUGCGACUGCAGAAGAAACAGACCAGAGGGGGAGAUGCUUUAUGUUCUGGAAUGUCAAGAAAACUGUUGGGGCACCUGUUCUUAUAGCGUUAGUGGUUGGAAAAGCUGCUAUAGAUGGCCAGGACAUGAGCUCCUCUGACCAUGUAAAGCAUUCAUUACUGGUUCUGCGCAAGCUUUAUGGUGAGAACAGGGUACCUGAUCCAGUUGCUUCUGUGGUCACCGACUGGGGAAAAGAUCCUUAUAGCUAUGGGGCUUACUCUUAUGUGGCUGUAGGGUCAUCUGGAGAAGAUUAUGACAUAUUGGGCAGGCCUGUGGAGAACUGUAUAUUUUUUGCGGGUGAAGCUACUUGCAAGGAGCACCCUGACACAGUUGGUGGUGCAAUGAUGAGUGGGUUACGAGAAGCUGUGCGCAUAAUCGAUAUAUUGACUACAGGCACUGAUUACACAGCAGAAGUAGAGGCAAUGGAGGAUGCAAAGAGGCAUUCGGAUGUUGAAAGGAGUGAAAUAAGGGACAUUAUGAAGAGACUUGAAGCAGUAGAGCUCUCAAGUGUAUUGUGCAAGAACUCUUUGGAUGGGGUGCAGAUUUUGACCCGGGAAAAUUUGUUAAGGGACUUGUUCUGUAAUGCCAACACAACAGCAGGAAGAUUGCAUCUCGCGAAAGAACUGUUGAAACUUCCUGUAGAAGUGUUGAGAUCUUUUGCUGGAACUAAAGAAGGCCUUAGCACACUUAAUUUGUGGAUGCUGGACUCCUUGGGCAAAGAUGGGACCCAACUCUUGCGUCAUUGUGUUCGUAUACUAGUAAAGGUUUCAACUGAUUUGCUUGCAGUCCGACUGUCAGGUAUCGGGAAAACUGUAAAAGAAAAAGUCUGUGUGCAUACUAGCCGUGACAUACGUGCCAUAGCAAGUCAGCUUGUCAAUGUGUGGAUAGAAAUUUUUCGAAAGGAGAAGGCUGCUAAUGGUGGUCUGAAAUUAUUAAGGCAAUCCACUACUGCUGAUACUUCAAAGAGUAAACACACUGGAGCACCUGGAAAACCACCAAUUCGCAAUGCCAACAACAAGAAGCUGAAUGUCAAGCUAGCCACGUUAGAAACUAUUCCAGAUGUUGAACCAUCAACCUCUCAAGCGUCAGUAGGAAGGCAAAAUGAUACCACUGAGGAAAGGCAAGAUUUUCCCAUGUCUGAGGAUGAAAAGGCUGCAUUCGCCGCUGCAGAAGCAGCUCGUGUUGCUGCUCUUGCAGCUGCUGAGGCUUAUGCUUCAUCUGGUGCUAAGUGUAACAUGCCUCUGCAGCUUCCUAAGAUACCCUCAUUUCACAAAUUUGCUAGACGGGAACAAUAUGCAAAUGAUGAGUCUGACAUCAGAAGGAAUUGGCCUGGUGGUGCAGUAGGAAGGCAAGAUUGCUUAUCUGAAAUAGACUCCCGCAACUGCCGAGUGAGGGAUUGGUCUGUUGAUUUUUCUGCUGCUGGUGUGAACCUUGACAGUUCAAGAAUGUCUGUUGAUAAUCGCUCGCAGCGUAGCCUCUCAAAUGACAAUGCAUGUCAGUUUAAUUUUAGGGAGCACUCAGGAGAAAGUGCACCUGUAGAUAGUAGUAUAUUCACCAAAGCUUGGGUUGAUAGCUCAAGUAGUAUAGGGAUAAAGGAUUACAAUGCCAUUGAAAUGUGGCAAUGUCAAGCAGCUGCUGCUAAUUCUGAUUUCUAUGAUCCAGUGAUGCAUGUCACUGAUGAAGAGGAUUCAAACAUGAGUUCCAAAAUGCUUAUGAGAAAGCAUGAUGUGUUAGUGUGUGAGAGCUCUGCUUCACAAAUUACUGUAAAUAAAGAGAUGUUGCAUGAUCAGCCGAGAGGAGCAGAAAGAAUCAAGCAGGCUGUUGUAGAUUAUGUUGGAUCUUUGCUGAUGCCUCUUUAUAAAGCACGGAAACUCGAUAAGGAAGGGUAUAAAUCAAUAAUGAAGAAAACUGCUACAAAGGUAAUGGAACAUGCCACGGAUGCUGAAAAGUCAAUGCUGGUGUACGAAUUUCUUGAUUUCAAACGUAAAAACAAGAUUAGAGAUUUCGUUGACAAGUUGAUAGAAAGGUAUAUGCUGAUGAAGCCGGGUGCAAAAUCAUAAUGGACCACGGAUGAAUAAUCAUCCUUAUUGAUGCUUUGCCACAGCGUGAUUGGUCUGAUCAAUUUGUUCACUAGUGGAUACCACAAUCAUUGGCGAGUGAGGAAUGUCUUCCUCAUUAAAAAAUGAUCCUUGCUAAGCUAGUUGUCUAUAGAGCUGCAGGCAAGAAAGACAAGACCGUUUUGUUGAGCAUCUUGUGGAUCUGUUAAUAGUCAGAGACUGAUCAAUUGUCCUGCCAUAAAUUUGGCACUUUUGACAUUUCUGUAGCAGUGUGCCUGCAAGAAAAACAUUCUCAAGGUGGAAAAGUCGGUUGAAAAGAUAAACAUUUUUGCCAUGUGAAUGUUAUACUUCUACUCCUGCUGAUAGACGUGAAUUCCUUCGGAGAUAACAAGAUUAGGUUUACAAUUGGUAGUCAGAUUUGAAGCUGUAUUAUUUAGGGAAAAAGUAGCCCUUUCUUUCUUUCUUUCUUUCUUUCAGUUCUGGGUUCUCUUUUGAAUCACUUCUGACUUUUCUUUAGUUUUGGUAUGUGUACAGCUUAGGAUUGUUAUUGUUGCAACAAAUAUACAUAACAUUUUGAGGCAUCAUAUCCUUACUUCAUUUUGAAA